AUGCUUAGUAGAAUUAAAGUUUUUCUUGUGUUGCUAUUGGCAUUAAUAUUACCACAACAUUUGAUCAGAUGUGGACAUAACAAAAUUAAUAUCAAUUUUGCUGGGAGCAGCUUUAAAAAGAUUAUUAAGUUUCCAUCAUCUGCCACUGAAUACCUGGUAGACACAAAUAAACUUCCAGGCGUAAGUUUUCAAGGAAAACUUGUACAAUAUGCUGGAUUGUUACCAGUAUUUGGAAGUAAAAAUCCCAAUGAUACAUUAUUCUUUUGGUAUUUUGAAUCAGAAAAUAAACGUUCUAAUGAUUUGGUCCAGGAUGCAAGUUUACUUGCAGAACAUGGUCCUUUCUCAGGUUUUGACAGAAAAACAAAGAAACUUACGAAUAAUCCACAUAGUUGGCAUCAGGAUGCUCAUAUUGUCUAUGUGGACCAGCCUUUUGGUGUUGGUUUUUCCAAUUUGACUGGACAGACAAAAGUCGAAAAUGAAACUCAAGUUGGCGAAACAAUUUUCAAUUUUCUGGUAAACUUUUUUAGAGUAUUUCCGCGUUUGCGUAACAAAGAUAUUUAUCUUGCUGCAGCGUCUAUUCUUAGUAAUGGUGAAAUUGACGAGAGAAAUAAGUUUCGUUUAAAAGGAAUUUCAAUAAAUAGUGCAGUAAUUGAUCAGUAUUUUCGCCAAGUCGUCGCUGCUGCUAUUCCAUACGCAGUAGAGCAGAAUCUAAUCAAUGCCACAGAGCAGGCAUCAUUACAAGCUCUAUUAGACAAAUGCGAGCCAACUAUUGGAAGUAAAAAUUCAUCAGAAGCAACUGGAGCUGAGUAUACUACUGGCUUUGGGAAAUGUGAUGUAGCUAUUGCUGCUCUUGGAAUUAUCUAUAAAUCAAAUCCAUGCUUUUCGAUACAUGACGUGAGAUAUAAUUGCAGUAAUCCAGCACCUCCAUUUCUUCUUGUGAAUAGCGAAUUCGAUUACGUUGCAUUUCUUCAAAAUCCAAAAUUACUCGAACAAAUUCAUAUGCCUGCCAAUUCGCCUCCUUGGAAAUUAUGUAAUGAAAUCUUGAGACCUGAUCAUUCGUUGGUAACAGUGAAUAUAAUUCCAAGGUUGACUGAACAUAUUAAAGUCGUGAUUUGGAGUGGUGAUAAAGAUCCCUUGAUUAAUCAUAUUGGGACAGAAUUCGCUAUUGGAAAUAUGAGUUGGGGAGGUGAAACUGGAUUCAAGAAUAAUCAAUUACAACCAAUUCUCGAUAAAGAUAACAACAAAGUAAUCGGUAAAUUACACACAGAACGAAAUCUUACCUAUGUAAUUGUACAUGAUGCUGGCCAUUUAGUUAGCAUUGAUCAACCGAAAUCAUCACGCUUUAUCCUCCAAAAAACGGUUCUUGAUGAUCCGUUAAAAUUAGAAAAAUAA